AUGACAACAACGAACGACCCCCUCUCUAACACUCUCGCACCCAGCACAGCUGCGACAUUGACGAUCCGUGUCAUCAAGUCAUUCGAAUACCGCACUUCCAAGAAUCUUGUCCUCCACAACAUCGACCUCACCACCACCAACGUCGGCCAGCUCCGCGCCUUGAUCAUCGAGAAGAUCAAAACUGCUCCUGGAUGGAAGCCCUACCAGACCGUCGUCUUUGAUACCCUGAAGCUAUACACAAAAGCACACGGCGCCAAGACCAUGAACUUGAUCAUCAACAUGGACAAUGACGACUGGAUCCUUAACAACGACGACGAGAUCCUCACCAACCGUGGCAUCGAAAACGAGACAGAGAUCUCGAUCUUCAAUAGGGAGCUGUACGAGGCUUUCAAACAGCACCCUGACAUCAAGUGGUAG